AUGACCGAGAAAUCCUCUGAGGGGAAUGAUUCUCCUGGCGUUGAAGCCCCCGCCCCAAUCUCUCCGCACAUAGACCCUGCGCUGCAGCCGGAGCACCAACACCACCAUGUACACAAGCACCAUACUACAUUUGCCGAGCAAGGCCGUGAGGAUGAGGUGGUUUUCUCGAAAGAUGCCUCGUUUGAAAAGGGCAUCGUGCCCGAACCCACACCACUGGAUCACGGCAGUCCACGCGAGAGCAGCGGUGACAAAGACGAAGAGACGGGUGACAGCGAGCCUGCCAAGCGGCCCUGGCAUCGGCGGGUGGGCAAGCAUUGGAGACAUAUUGCCCAUGCGGUGAUCUGGCUUCUGUUUACCGGCUGGUGGAUUGCCGGUCUCAUUCUUCACCGGUAUGACCUAGGCUGGCUGAUUCCUUUCCUGCUGUAUCUGGCCAUUACGCUGCGGAUCAUCUUCUUCUAUGUCCCCAUCACGAUCAUCACCAAGCCCGUGCACUUUAUCUGGACCAAGACUGCUCACCCGAUUGUUCGGGUAAUCCCACAGAAACUCAGGACUCCCGCUGCGGCGCUGUUGUGUAUCGGUGUAAUCGUCAUUGGUGCCUUUGCCUCGCCUGAGUCGGCGGACAACACUCGCGCCAAUCGUGCCGUCAGCCUGUUCGGUUUGGUGGUUUUCCUCUUUGUGCUAUGGCUCACCUCGCGAGACCGCAAGAGGAUCGUUUGGCACACCGUGAUUGUCGGCAUGUUGGUGCAAUUCAUCAUUGCUCUGUUCGUCUUGCGCUCUGGUGCUGGAUAUGAUAUCUUCAAUUUCAUUUCCACAUUAGCGCGUGACCUGCUUGGAUUUGCAUCGGAUGGUGUAAUCUUCCUCACCUCGCAAGAUUUCUAUGACAUGACGACCCCCUUUUCACCCAGCUCAUGGUUCCUAGUCAGUGUCAUUCCUGCAAUUGUUUUCUUUGUGUCAAUUGUGCAGCUGCUGUACUACAGCAACAUGCUGCAGUGGUUCAUCGGAAAAUUCGCCGUGUUCUUCUUCUGGAGUAUGCGGGUAUCUGGUGCCGAGGCAGUCGUCGCCGCUGCAUCUCCCUUUAUCGGACAGGGCGAGUCGGCCAUGCUGAUUCGGCCUUUCGUCCCACAUCUUACAAUGGCCGAGUUGCAUCAAGUGAUGUGCUCUGGCUUCGCGACAAUCGCGGGAAGUGUGCUGAUCGCCUACAUCAGUAUGGGUGUUAACCCGCAAGCUCUAGUCUCCUCAUGUGUCAUGAGUAUUCCGGCCUCGUUGGCCUGCUCAAAAUUGCGCUGGCCUGAAGAAGAAGAAAGUCUGACAGCAGGUCGAGUCAUUAUUCCCGACAAUGAGGAACACAAGUCUGCCAAUGCGCUCCACGCCUUCUCCACUGGAGCUUGGCUUGGUCUUAAAAUCGCGGCUAUGAUCGGCGCCACUCUGCUCUGCAUCAUCUCGCUGAUCGGUCUUGCUAACGGUCUGCUUACCUGGUGGGGCCAUUACUUGAAUAUCAACGACCCACCGUUGACACUGCAGCUUAUUGUGGGAUACAUUUGCUACCCAAUCGCAUUCUUGCUGGGUGUCUCUCGUGAUGGAGACUUGCUCAAAGUCGGGCAACUCAUCGGUCUCAAACUGAUCUCGAAUGAGUUCGUCGCCUACAACUCUCUCCAAAACGAUGCUGCUUACGCUAGUCUCUCCGAUCGCUCGCGUCUCAUUGCAACCUAUGCCCUCUGUGGGUUUGCCAACAUCGGAUCCCUGGGUAACCAGAUUGGUGUGCUUGCACAGAUCUCGCCCGGCCGUAGUGCGGACGUCUCGCGUGUUGCUGUCAGCGCCAUGCUCACGGGCGCCAUCAGUACCUUUACCAGCGCGACGAUUGCCGGCUUGCUGAUCACGGACGAGAAGCAGUAUUUUUCAACCUGA